UAGUCCGGAAGUCUCAUUGACAGCCUGUGCGCGACGUCUGCGACGUUGUUUUAACCUCCUCGUACAAACACCUGCAGGUUUCCGCCCUCUGACAAAUACACAGAUGCCCCCCCGGCCUCUGGAGCCUCUGGCCAAGCGGCUGCUGAAGGGCCUGAUCGCUGUGGAGCUGCUGGGCGUCCUCGGGGCCUACGGACUCUUCCAGCAGAUGAACAGCAGUCGAGAUUUCAGGAACACAAUGAAGAGACGGUUUCCAUCGGUUCUAGAAGUCUACUACCAGUCCAACGAGUGGGCGGGGCUACACGGCCUCCGGGAGAAGGACCGCGACGCCUGGGCGCUCAAACAGGAAUGAGGACGUCGGUGACGCCGCUACUUCCUGCUCCUCUUGCCGCCGGACGCCCUGCCCCCCCCCCUGGCCCGGGAGAAGCUCCUCUUCAUGCCGAACGCGCUCUUCUUCCUGCGCAUGGUCUUGGCGUCGCGGCCUUGCAUCCAGUCGUCCCGAUUGGCCUCCCACUUCAGCUGCUUCAGGGCUGCAGAGCACAAAGAACACAAUCAGAGGCUGAUUGAUUUUUAUGGAUCUACAGGACGACAGCGGCAGGAAGUCGGCUUGUUUCAGAUGUCUGGACGGAUGCGUUUCUCUCCGAGUCCAUUAAAGAAGAACUGAAUAAAGCCCUGGAUGUCAUUUCCCCUCGUUCAGCCCACCUGCUUUGUCCUUGUUCGCCAUGGCGUUCAGUCCGAUGCUGUCGAACUUGGACCCUGCGUUCUCAUCCAGCAGGGAGCCGAACUGCGUUACACAUAAAUCAGAUCAACAUUAGAAAACAGUCGUGCUGCAGUUUGUCUGUAAACUAAAAAGUCAGAUUGGACUUGAUAAAUGAUAAAAACCUCGUCAGCAGACACGAA